AUGAGGAUGGGGAUUUCGAAGACGGAAUCGAGGGAGGUAGGGAGAAAGGGGCUAUGGGGAUUGCCUUUCGUGGAAGGGAGAGGGCAUUCCCGGGCCGUAUUCGCCAUGGCGUAUGUGAGAGGGACGGCUCAUGUUAAGGGCCUUUGGGGAUUGUUAAGUGAUAGAUGCGAAGAGACUGGGGGUUUCUUGGGGUCUGGUGCUGAUGGAGGGUUUUGGAGCGUUUUGCUGAGAUAUUUUGGGGAUAUACUUGGCUUCUCUAGGCAUGAAGGGCAAGCUGAUGUAGAUUAG